AGGAUUCUGGGACUGCAGUGCAAAGAUGUGAUCUAGCACGGAAAACAAGCCGCCCAUUUUCUAGCGAGAAGAGUUGGACUUUUUCACCCGCCUUGAUACUGCAGCAGCCUUAACUGGCGUCUGCUACGCACCUGCUGCUACCCAACUACUCGAGGCCCUCCCAGCCCCUUUGCGUGUCCUUCCACCACUCCGAGUUCCGGUUUCUUUUCCUCCCCGGUGGGCGGAGCGGAAGGCGCGGCUUGGCGUUCGGAGGCAUGAGACUGACCGUAGGCUGUGCUGAGUCCUCCUUCCUGGGCUGCCAGUUCCUUUUGCGGGUCUAGCGAGCGGCGAUGCUGACGCGCCUGGGCUCCAGGCCCCUUUUUCUGCUGCUUCUCUGCUUGCGCUUCUGCCUCAGCCCGGCGCCGCCGAGGCCUCCGCACUUGGUGCUGGUGCUGGCCGAUGACCUGGGCUGGAACGACGUGGGCUGGCACGGCUCGGAAAUCCUCACGCCGACCCUCGACGCGCUGGGGGCCAGCGGGGUGCGCCUGGAGCGCUACUACACGCAGCCCCUGUGCACCCCGUCCCGCAGCCAGCUGCUCACCGGCAGGUACCAGAUCCAUACAGGUUUACAGCAUGAAAUAAUUUGGCCAUGUCAACCCAGCUGUGUCCCACUGGAUGAAAAACUCCUACCUGAACUAUUAAAGGAAGCAGGAUAUGUUACCCAUAUGGUGGGCAAAUGGCAUCUGGGGAUGUAUAGAAGAGAAUGCCUUCCUACCCAUAGAGGUUUUGAUACUUACUUUGGUUACCUUCUUGGAAGCGAAAACUACUAUUCUCAUGAGCGUUGUGUGGCCAUUGAAUCAAAAAAUGUAACACGAUGUGCCCUUGAUUUUCGAGAGGAAGAAGAAGUUGCAGUUGGAUAUGAAAAUAUUUACUCUGCCAAUAUAUUUACCAAAAGAGCUGUAGAUCUUAUAGUCAGUCAUCAAACUGAGAAGCCUCUCUUCCUCUACCUUGCUUUGCAAUCUGUCCACGAACCUCUUCAAGUCCCUGAGAAAUAUAUAGAACCGUACUUCUUCAUCCACAAUGAAAAUAGACGCAAGUAUGCCGGAAUGGUAUCUCUUAUGGAUGAAGCUGUAGGAAAUGUCACUGCAGCCUUGAAGAGCCGUGGACUUUGGAACAACACUGUUUUCAUCUUCUCUACAGAUAAUGGAGGCCAAACGUUGGCAGGUGGAAAUAACUGGCCGUUAAGAGGAAGGAAGUGGACCCUAUGGGAAGGAGGCGUGAGAGGGGUUGGAUUUAUUACAAGCCCUUUACUAAAACGGAAGGGAGUGGAAAGUCAUGACCUUAUUCACAUUUCUGACUGGCUGCCAACUCUGGUGAGCCUCGCUGGAGGACAUAUAAAUGGCACAAAGCCUUUAGAUGGCUUUGAUAUGUGGAAAACGAUCAGUGAAGGAAAACCUUCCCCCCGAAAGGAGCUGCUUCAUAACAUAGACCCAGUGUUUGUGGAUCCUUCUCCAUGUGCAGAUACAAGCAAAAGUGCAGCACUGCAAAGUAAUUAUUUUUCAUGGGAAGAUUCAAUUUUCAAUACUUCCAUACAUGCUGCAAUUCGAUAUGGAAAAUGGAAACUAUUAACAGGCAACCCAGGCUGUAGUCACUGGUUUCCAGCACCACCAUUAUUCAACGAGUCAAAAACGCUGUCCUCUGACCCACCAACAAAGAAACUUUGGCUCUUUGAUGUUGUUAAUGAUGCUGAAGAAAGAAACGAUUUGUCCGAACAAUAUCCUGGCAUUGUGAAAAAACUUCUCUCCCGUCUUCAACAGUACUACAAGAACUCUGUUCCUGUAUUCUACCCAGACAAUGACCCCCGUUGUGACCCAGGAGCAACUGGGGCCUGGGGACCUUGGAUGUAGAAAACUGCACAGCACAGCUGGAAGAGUAUGUAUGCUGCAUGGGUUAUAAGGCUGAUUUCCUUCCUACACAUGUGCACAAAACGUUCCCUAGUAUACAAGUAGAGACCCAUUUGUACAAAAAUGCACCAAGGGAAUCAGUCCAAUGACUGGCAGUGUAAUCCUAAGAAUACUUUCCUGAGAGUAAGUCCCAUUGAAUAGACUUGAGUAGAAUUCAGCAUAGACCUACUUAGGAUUGGUCUUUCAGGGACCUUGCAGAAAUCUGGUUGGCUUUAUUUUAUCUCAACAGAGUCAGCUUUGGGGCAGCCUUUGGGUUCAAUUCUUCUUACUCAAAGUAUUUUGAGGGUUACAGUUUCCACUCUUGAUAGUGCUUGAAGUUCUAUUAAAAUUAUAACUCUGCCAUUUAGAUGUUAGCUUUUGUCCCUGACAUGUUUCCAAAGCAGAGGGUAAAAUGAUGCCGCUUUCCCAAAAUUGCUGGCCAGCUGGGAAACAUUAUUUCAGUUGGAAAGCUCUGAGUCAUGGGGGCAGAGCCUUCCAAAUUCUUUCGCAUUUUAAGUCAGAUGCUAGAUUUUGUACUUGCCAGCAGCAGCCAGUUUUUACUGGAGGCUGAUGCAGAGUUGUAAAGCAAAAGCAGCCAGUUGUUGAGUUCACUUGGCAUUCCAUUUUCUCACUUUUACCUCUUUGCUCUCUGUCUCUUUGUCAUGGGAGGAUUUUGAAAUCUCCAAGCACAACCUUGCCUUGCUGCUCACCAAAAUGGCCCAGUUCAUUAGAUUCCAUUAACAUUAGAUUCCAGAUUCUGCAGGCAGAACACCUAAGUUUGCAUCAUGAAUGCAUAGUGGUGGAAACUAUGCUGAUUUUUUUUUCUUUGUAUGAUUACAGAGAUCUUGUUGAUAUUGUGGGAAAUACUGUCUGAAUGAGAUUUAUUUGUUUGUAUUUAUAUGCUUCAUCACUAUCCUUCCCACCCCCCCAAGGAGGUUAUAACAACAUUUAAGCUUCACAAUAAAGUUAGCAAAGAGCCAUCUCCUAAGCACCCGGUCUGUACAGGAA